AUGCAUUGGGGAUGGAAGAAUUGCCCCGUGGCUUGGCACGGCGCCUACACUCGAGGGGAUCAAGGCGAGCCAACAAUUAUAUUAGAGGUCGUUGCUUCACAAGAUUUGUGGAUCUGGCAUGCAUUCUUUGGAGUCGCUGGGUCCAACAACGACAUCAACGUGCUCCACCAGUCCACGCUAUUCAACGAUGUUUUAGCGGGGCAUGAAGCGGCUGUGCACUUCCUCGCCAACAAUUCUCACCACACUCGAGGAUACUACUUAACAGACGGCAUCUAUCCGGACUGGCCGGUGUUCGUGAAGAGCUUCCAGUUUCCGAAUGAUGAGAAGAAGCGGAGGUUCAAGGUGAUGCAAGAAGCUACAAGGAAGGAUGUGGAACGAGCUUUCGGUGUUCUUCAGGCUCGGUGGGGUAUAAUCAGAGGACCGUCGCGUUUGUGGAAGGCGGAGCAAAUGAGUUCGAUCAUGUUUGCAUGA